AUGUCCCUAGAAGAUGACUGUGUGGUCAGCAAGACAGUAUGGCAAGCUCGACCCACUCAACUGGCCGUCACAGACAGGAUUACUGUCCGCAAUCUGCAGGUUUCUGUUGGUGCUGGCGUAGAUGUAUGGGGUCGACCGAAGAAGCAGCGCGCUCUGAUCACUGUAACGCUGUCGUUGGCCAGACCAUUUGAUUCAGCUGCGGAAGCUGAUGCUCUCGACAACAGCACGGUCCAUUAUGGGACAUUGAGCAAAUCCGUUCAAGCCAAUAUCAAUGGUCAAACCGGUCAUGUUGGGUCUGGGCUCCUCGCCGAAAACAUUGUCAAUGUUGCUCGAAACACAGCUGGAGAUACCCCACUUUCUUCUAUUGAGGUAGAUAUCUUCUAUCCUAAAGGGAGCAUGUUUGGAGACGGAGCUGCCUUCUCGCAUGGCCAAGCAUUCCCUCCGGAUCAGAGCAAGUAUACGCAGCUGCAUCUCCGCAAUGUCCGGAUACCAUGUCUCAUCGGAGUCAACGCGAAUGAGAGACUGCAGAAGCAGCCGGUGAUUGUUAACAUCUGGGUCGACCGCGUGUCAACCUUUCGAGUCGACCAUUACCAAAGACUGGAGACCGCCCUGGUCGACGUCAUAUCAAGCUCGUCGUUCGAAACGCUAGAAUCGCUAUCCACAACUGUGAUCAACCACCUGCGAAACAGCUUCUUCACCGCCGAGAUCGAUAAGAUUUCGUUGAUCAGACUUCAGAUUGAGAAGCCGCAUGCUGUGCCUGCAGCAGAUGCACCGGUCAUCGAUAUAAUCCGGCCUGUUGGUACAUGA